GUGACAACCACACUUACCUCCUUUUUCUCUCCAUUGAUAUCUUCUAUCUCACACACACACACCAACGGUACCACCAUUAAUAAUGGCGAUAAGCUCAAAGCUUUUUCAUCUUCUCCUUCUAUCCUCAUUGGGUACUUCGGCUUCAGCUACAGUUUUUACAGUCCUGAAUCAAUGCCCAUACACAGUGUGGCCCGGAUUUCUUUCCGGGAAUGGGCUCAUCCUCGGAGACGGUGGGUUUUCCCUGGCACCUAGCAAAUCAGUCCAGCUCACUUCCCCACCUGGCUGGUCCGGGAGGAUCUGGGGCCGAACCAGGUGCCACUUCGAUGCCUCCGGCAAUGGAAAAUGCCUCACCGGUGACUGCGGCUCGCUGAAGUGCUCCCUAAGUGGCCAGCCACCCGCCACGUUAGCCGAAUUUACCAUCGCGUCGAGUCCCUCCGGCAUGGAUUUCUACGACGUCAGCUUGGUCGACGGGUACAACGUCGGCAUGAGCGUCAAGGCGACCGGGGGAACCGGUGAUUGUCAGUACGCAGGAUGUGUCGCCGACUUAAACAGGCACUGCCCUCCCGAGUUGCAGGUGGUCUCCGACUCAGGCUCGGUUGUCGCGUGCAGGAGUGCGUGCGCGGCUUUCAACACGGCCGAGUUCUGUUGCACCGGCGGAUACUCGACGCCGCAGACUUGCUUGCCGACUCGGUACUCGGAGAUAUUCAAGAAUUCUUGUCCGACGGCAUACAGUUACGCUUACGAUGAUGCUUCAAGCAUUCGCACUUGUUCCGGGUCGGAUUACUUGCUGACGUUUUGCCCAACGUCGUGAGCAUUUGCACGUUUUGCCCAACAAAAUUGCUUUUACAUAAUUUACAGUUUAAUUAUAAUCUUAUACAAUGAAAUGAAGUUAGUUGAUUUGGUGAAAGGGAAAAAAGGGCAG